UUAAGUUUAAAAUUUUGUUGCAAUUAUUUUUAAUUUCAUAAAACAAAUAACAAAUAAUUUGUUAAAAAUGACUAAAAAGUUGACCAUUUUGUUUGAGACAUUGGACGGCGUCGGACAUGUAAACGCCUGCAUUGGUUUGGCUCAAGUGCUUCAAAAGCGCGGACACAGAAUAGUGUUUGUCAUCGAAAAGACAUAUAAAGGAAAGUUAACUGAAUUUGGAUUUGAAGAAGAAAUUAUUGAUGACAAUGAAGUAGAUGUAACUCAGACACAGCCAACUAAAAGACCCGGAGAAGAUGCGGCACAAAAAAUGCUUAAAUCAGGAAUAUUUUCGGGGAAGUCAUCGGUAGAAAAGCUUAAGAUGUUUCAGAAGAGCCCAUUGUUUGGAAUGAUGAUUGAAAAGGCCAGAAAAGAUAACUCCAAGUUUGCUGGAGUUGUGGCUAAACUUAAUCCCGAUGUCAUAAUCAUUGAUGACUUUAUUGGUCGACCAGCACUCAUACAUUCUGGUAAACCAUGGGUUUCUGUUUUUAGUGGCAGUCCAUUGUUUUCUAUUGAUGACGAAAGAACACCACCACUUGGCUCAGGUUUCCCUACUUAUGGCGAUAAAAGCGGUUGGAAAGAGUUCAGAGAAAUUAGAAAAGAAUCGUUUGGAGGAAGUGUUGUAACAAAAUAUAAUGAAUGGCUUCAAGAAUUAGGUCUUCCAAUUCAUAACUCCGAUAAUUUUUUGCCGAUAUCACCAUUUCUUAACAUCUAUGGCUAUCCCGAAGAACUCGAUUAUUUAGACGUCAGACCACUUCCCGACAACUUUUAUCGAAUCGAUGCGUUUAGAAGAAAAGACCCGAAAGAAUUCAAAAUUCCCGACAAAUUGGAAAAUAGAGACAAAACUAAAAGCAAAUUAAUAUAUUUAUCGAUGGGUUCAAUGGGUUCAGUGGACGUCAAUCUAAUGAAAAGAUUUGUUGAAAUACUUUCAAAAUCCCAACACAAAUAUAUUGUAUCGAAAGGACUUAUGGCAGAUAAAUACGAUUUGGCAGAUAAUAUGUGGGGCGAGGCAUCAGUUCCGCAGACAAAUGUGUUGCCAUUAGUAGAUCUGGUUAUAACUCACGGCGGGAACAACUCUGUAACCGAAACCUUCAGUUACGGAAAACCUAUGAUUGUUAUGCCUUUAAUGGGCGAUCAAUACGAUAACGCACAGAGGAUUCAUGAAAAAGGGUUUGGUAUUAGAUUAGAACCCUAUAUGUGCUCUGAAUUGGAUUUAUUGGAUUCAAUUGAAAAACUCUUAAAUGACAAACAAUUAGACGAAAGACUAUCGAUUGCAUCCAAACGUAUGCUUAACUCCGAUAGCAUUAGUAARGCCUGUGAACGCAUUGAAAGUCUCGUCAAAUAA